AUGCCAAGAACGAUUAAGAGACCCCCGGAAGUUGAGGAUUUUGAAAAAUGCCUUCAUAAGCAUGCGUUGGUUAACACGUUUCUGGAAAAAUCUAUGCAUUUAUUAAAUCCAAACUUUAACAUCCCAAAUGGAUAUGCUACAAAAGUGAAUGACAAACCAUCAAUAAAUAUGAAUAGUCAGACAAUGGUAGAAAAAGAAAUUGAUUGCAUAAAACAAUUCGAAAGACAACUUCCACCAGAAUAUCCAUGCAUUACAAUAUAUUUUUCUGAUAUGGAAUGUGAUCUAGAAAGGAAAUGUAUAUUGUAUAUUGUAAGAAGAUGGGAUCGAGAUGAUCCAUUUGUUAGUAUGUCACCAUUUUUGAAUGAAUUAGAAAGAGAUUAUGGUAGAGGAUGGAAAUUUGAACGAGUUACUAAUCCAAUUAAAGUUGGCCGUAUAAGUACUUCAACAAAACCUAAAUCAACCUUUUGUUUUCGCUAUGAACCAGAUUGUUAUAUAUAUAAGUUUUAUAGCGAUUAA